AUGCGUCAGAAUCUCUUCUUUACAUCGCUUCUGUCGACAUUGCUUGCAGCCCCGACGACAAACGCCCUUCCAGGAUUCUUCUUCCCUGACCCAGAAGCACAACCUCCAGCGCAAGAAGAGCUCAAACGCUCCGAACCUUCACACACAGCCAGGAUGGCCAGCACCGAUCGCUCCGCUCGCUGGAGGCCGCAGAUUCACUUUUCACCGCCCUCCAACUGGAUGAAUGAUCCCAAUGGCCUCUUUAUCGAUUCGGACGGCGUCUGGCACAUGUAUUACCAGUAUGCCGAUAAUGUACCGGGAGGUGGCGCGAAGCACUGGGGCCACACCACGGCUACCGACUUCUACAACUGGGUUGACCACCCAAUUGGUAUUCCCGCUUCUGCGCGUGACGGCUCCAUUUGGUCGGGAAGUGUCGUUAUCGACAAGGAAAACGUGUCUGGGUUCUUUCCAUCCAACAAGACCAACGGCAAAGAUAACAUUAUCGCCUACUACACCUCAUGGGAGCCCGACCAGCAAUCCCAGCACAUUGCGUGGUCGUACGACGGCGGCGAGACCUUCAACCAGUAUGAGAGCAACCCUAUCAUCUCACUCAACCGCCACGGUUUCCGCGACCCCAAGAUUUCAUUCCACCACGAGACAAAGACCUGGGUCAUGGUAUUGUCUUUGGAGAACCAAGUCACCUUCUACACCUCGACAGACCUGGUGAAGUGGACCCAAGUGUCGUACUGGAACCCUCAGCGCAACAUUGGUAUGAUUGAAUGCCCGCAGUUCCUCCAGAUCCCCCUUAAGGACAAGUCCGGGAAGCCGGUCGGCUCCAAAUGGGUCUUGACCCUCAGCUUGGGCGGUGGCUCUCCUACUGGCGGAGCGGAGGUGAAGUAUCUCACCGGCAGCUGGGACGGCACCCACUUCACGCCAGACGGUCCUGUUUCAGGCCGCAGUGCGCGGAAUACCAUCCACGCGCGGCAAGACACCUACGCGAUCCACGACUUUGAUUUUGGCCCCGAUAACUACGCCACGGCCUUCUUCCACUUCCAAGAUCUCGACGACGCCAACCACGACGCCUACUCUGUCACCUGGGCAGUCGACGCAUCAUCGUACGGAUGCUGCACGCCGACGGACCGUGAGGGUUGGCGCCACUGCAUGGGCGGCGUCCGCCGUCAUUGGCUGGACGCUAACACCAACAAGCUUGUUUCCGUGCCUGCUGGCGACCUCUCGAAGCUUGCAAGCACGACCCCCGGCUGGAACCCCAUAAUUGACGAGAAGAACGUUGCGGGCAUCGAGGGCACUAGUUCCGUGAUCCGCGAUUUCGACCCUGCCGUCGAGUGGACCCUGACCGUCCGCAUGGCCCGGUCCCUGCUCCAAGAAGGCUCCACUGCGUCCGCCGAGCUCUCAUUCCAGGGCUCCCAGUCCAACGGUGCGGAGAAGGUGUCCUUGGGUUUCCAGUUCACCGGCAGCGCCGGCAGCGCCGCCCCCGUAGCCAGCUUCAACAUCGCACGCGCUAGCACCACCUGGGAUAGAUCCGGCAGUUACGGUAUCUCGGACGUACAGGCCCUCGAGGCCGCGUCGGAGGAGGGUUCUGAUGCCAACAUUGAGUUCCACCUGCACGGCAUCAUCGACCGCUCCAUCCUCGAGGUCUACGUCAACGGCGGCGUCGAGGCUGGCACCAUGCUCUAUUUCACCGACAAGCCGCUCGACAGCAUCAUUCUCACGCGGGGCGGCUCCAACGCGCAAGGCAUUACGUUCGACUUCAAGGCUACCGCGCUCAAGAGCUCCUGGGGUGCCUACGAGGAGAAGGCUCCCGCCAAGGAUGAAUGGAUUACGGAGGAGUUGUAG